AUGUCUAUAACGUCAGGAUCAGGGAUUCCUCCUAAAACAUGGCAGCCACCAAAUGGAUUUUUUGGUCUGUACAAAGGCAUGGCAGCUCCACUGACUGGUGUAUCACCUAUGUUUGCAAUCUGUUUUCUCGGGUUUGGUGUUGGUAAGAAGCUACAGCAGAAGCACCCACAUGAUGAUCUCACGUACCUACAGUUUUUCAAUGCUGGAAUGUUAGCAGGUGUGUUCACUACAGUGAUAAUGACCCCUGGAGAGAGAAUCAAAUGUUUAUUACAGAUUCAAGCAGAUUCAAAGCAUAAAUUAUACAAUGGGCCUGUAGAUUGUGUGAAGAAACUGUACAAAGAGGGUGGUAUAAGGAGUAUAUACAGAGGCACUUGCGCAACUCUGUUAAGAGAUGUGCCAGCCAGCGGUAUGUACUUCAUGACAUAUGAAUGGUUGCAGCAUGUGUUAACUCCAGAAGGACAUAACCGUAAUGAGUUGAGCAUAAGCCGUACACUGUUUGCUGGAGGUAUGGCGGGGAUUUUUAACUGGACUGUUGGUAUAGCACCAGAUGUCUUGAAAUCACGUCUACAAACAGCCCCAGCUGGGAUGUAUCCAAAUGGAAUAAGAGAUGUGUUUAGACAUGUGAUAAAAGAGGAAGGACCAUCAGCUUUGUUUAAAGGACUUACUCCAGUCAUGCUUCGUGCAUUCCCAGCAAAUGCUGCUUGUUUUAUGGGCUACGAAGUAGCUAUGAAGUUUUUGCACUUGAUUUAUCCAGAGGCAGAUUGAUGAUUUAAUAAAUGUAGGACCAGACAUACUCCGAUUGUGAUAUGUUACUUGUAUAUAAAACCACACCACUGUUUAUGUACUAUAUAAUAGUGAAAACUGUAGCGUGAAGAAAAGUAAUUGAAAUGAACACACUUGAAUACCAUCAUUGUAAUUGUCUGCUGUUUUUGCAGGUUGUACAAGUGCACUGCCUUAUUUUUUAUAGCAGAAUACAUAGUCAAACUACACACACUUGCAUCUAUAGGGAUAAUGCAUGUUUUUUUUAUGUUUAACAUCUGCAGAUUUCUGGGGGAUUGGCGUGUGCCCAAGGCCAGUAAGGCCAAGGUACCAACAUAUCGUGAGGGAUUCUGCAGGUGUUAUAUCAAGUAAACAUGCAUUAAGUUAAACACUAUCCUGGCAUAAAAAGUGUAAAAAGUAAAAAAAAGAUGAAUAUUUUGUCCAUCAAUGUUGCUAAAUGUCCAUGAAAUGUGUGGGAAUUUCAGCAAUGUCAUUUCCUUCUGAAAUAUCUGUAAUAGGGCUGUAAUUCAGUUCUGUUAUGCCAUUAAAAUUGCAUGUGUAAAAAGGUGUAUUAAUAGUGUGUGAGUGCAAGAAUCUCUCUGUGCAGUUAAAACACCCCAUAAAAACAAAUGACAUGCUAAAAAUAUUUCUUAAAUGUAUAGAGAACAUUAUGGCAGGAAAAUUUAACCUCUGUACUUUGGAAAUAGAAUGACAAGAAACCAGUUCUUCAAAAGUUUGCAAUAGACCAGUUUCCUUAGUUGCAAUUCCCAUGGAAACUUUGGAGGUAAAUAAAGUUACUGCAUCUUGCUGAUCUGUGUAAAUACAAAGUUAAAAUAUUUGGUAUACAUUCCUCAAAUGAUCGUAUAGUUUAGUAUAUUUUGUAUAGGUAACCACUCCAUUCAGUAAAAAAUUGACACCAGUAAAACAUGACAUCAGGUUCUCUAUGUUAAAUUUAUAGAUGUUUAUGUUCAAUUAAAUCUCAAUAAAGCAGACACUCAGAUGAUAAACUGAAACUGACCUUUGACACACACAGGUUGCAUAUUACAGGUCGGAAUCAUUGGAGUAAAGGGUGUCUGUUUAAUAGAGGUGUUUUAUGAUACAUGAUUGACUGUAUGCUUUUCAAUAGAUUCACAUUUUUAUAC